AUGAAGAAUUCAACAGCUCUUCUUUUAUCAUUGAUUUCUCUGUGACUACUGGAGCGUGCUGAAUCUUCUGAUUUUCUUCUAACUUCUCAAUUUUUAAUAAGCAAAGUUCCAAAAAUAAAUACCUUAGAUAGCUUUUUUAGAAGUCAAAAUUAUUAUUUUUUAACUUUAAUAAAAUAUAUAUAAAAUAAAAAUUUAAAUUUCGAUUAAAAUUCUCUAUUGCUUUUCUUCUAUAUUUUAAAUAAAGUCAUCAAUAAAUUUUAUACAUAGCGCUCGCCCUUUAUAGAUCUUUAAAAUUCUAAGAAAAUCUAAAGUCAAAAUUACAUUUAAAAAUUUUAAAUUUGACUUUUCAGAAUAUUUUAAAAUACCAAAAUGAACUUUUCUUAAUGGAAUUUUUUCUCGGAAAUCAAUAAGAAGUAAUUUAGAUAUAUCAUAAAUGAGUUUACUAUAAACUUCAGGCUAAAUCAAUAUCAAAUGGAGUAAGAAUUUUUUUUACUUUUCCUUUGAUUUUCCUCAAAACACAAUUUAUGCAGCAUCUUUUGUUUUUCCAACUAAACCUACUCUUUGCUUAUUUUUCCUCAACUUUUUCAUUCUACUCGCUUAUGAUUAUCUUAAUCUCAGCAUCAACUUUUACAGAAGACAGUCUUUUAGCCCUAAAAAAACUCCUCAUAAUCGAAAUAUCAAUUGCUAGCAUCUACUAUAGUUUUCAAUGAAAAUUUAAAGAAAUUAUAGUUUUAGUCAUUUCCUGUACAUUUUGCUACCUCUAUAGCUAUAUGAAGAGCGAACUUAAGGGUCUAAAAAAUGAGCUUUUUAAAGAAAGUGAAGAAGCCUCUCGAUUGAAAUUAAAACUCGAUACUAUGAAGCGUUCCAAAGUUUCAGAAAAUCCCAAACUAGAUGUAACAGUAAGGAAAACUUUAAUCGAAAAGUUAAAGCAGCAUAUACAGUCAAGACAUCUGAGAAGAACAGUGAGCAUAAGUUCAGAAAAUUCUUCUUAUAUAGCUCAUUACCUGUUUUAUCUAUUUUGAAGCAGUAAUUUUUACUGAUGUACGGACAUGAUUUUUCCAUCAUUGUUAAGCACUACUAUAAAAUUUCAAUAUUUAUGUAAAAUCUAUUAAAAAAGAUAUUUUCGUGAAAGAUACUUUUCUAAAUCAGUUGAUAAUAGUCAUAAGCUAUACAAGCUCAGAUGAAAGCAGGUCAUCUGAUGAUUUUCGGCUUUCAUUAUUAAGGACCUUUACAGAUGAGCCAAAUAUGCCAGGAACUCCAAGAUCCCGCCAUGCAGAGUUAUCUGAAAAUGAACUUCAAGACAUUAUUCAAUCUUUACUAGUCCAAGAACUUGUAAAUUGGCAAAAAAAAGCUGAGCUUUCUCCAGAAGAUUCUGUAAAAUUCUUACUCUCCAUUUAAAAAAUAAAUUAGUGAUUAAUUUUUUUAUCAAAUUUGUUUUUUAUUUUAAAAUUAUUUAUAAUAUAUAUGUGGAAAAAUGGAUCGAGUAUCUAUUUAUAUCUGUCAGAAAAACUGUUAUAACCAGAAUAAAAUUUAAUAAUGAUGAAAUUUUUGCUAUUAAAUAAAGAAGAGUUAGAAGAUCUACAGCAGAAAUAUAUUCAAUCAAACCGAGAUUUGCCAGGGAUUAGCCAUAGAGUUUUUCAGCUGAAGAAAAUUGUGAAAAUGCAUUCUUAUGUAGAAGAAAAUGAAGCAUUAUCAGAACUUCUUGAUGUAGGUGAAUGGGAUGUAGACUUAUUAGAAACAGUAAAAAUUACUAAAAAGCCUAUUUAUGAAGUAGGGUAUUAUGUUUUCAGCACUUUAGGCAUUAUUGAGCAGCUAAAUAUCCCAACUCCUCAAUUAAAAAAUUUUUUAGCAGAAGUAGACCGCUACUAUAAGCCUCAAAAUUUUUACCAUAAUUCCAUUCAUGGUGCUGACGUUACCUGCUCAGUUGUAUUUUUGCUUCACAACUGCUUACAAAGAUGUGGGAACCUGAUUGAUUUGGAUAUUUUUGCUUUAUUAACAGCUUCUUUAUGCCACGAUAUUUGCCACCCUGGAGUAAAUAACGCAUUUCUGGUAGCCAGCGAAAACAAAUUAUCAUUAAAAUAUAAUGACCAAAGCUGCUUAGAGAAUAUGCACUCAUCUCUUACUUUUAAUAUAUUAAAACGUCCAAAUAGCAAUAUAGUUUCAUCACUUUCUAGAGGAGAAUUCCAAGCAUAUAGAAAAAUAGUAGUCUUGACCAUUUUAGCGACUGAUCUUCAAAAGCAUUUUGAUAAGCAAAAAGAGUUUACUGAUCAUUUCAUUACAUUAUUUAUGAUUACUAUCACAGGGUAAAGGGCGUUAACCCUUGCCUAAUCCGUUCAAAUUAUUCCGAUGAAGCCAUUUAUUAUUAUGAGUUUACUGAACAGAUAAAUAAAACGCCUGCACCAACAUUGGAAAAUGAUGAAUUUAGAUAUCUUGCGCUGCAGAUGGUUUUGAAAUGUGCUGAUCUGGGGCAUGGAGCAAAACGGCUUGAUAUUCAUAAAAAAUGGACAGCGCUGAUUACAAAAGAAUUUUUUGAGCAAGGAGAAAAAGAAAAAAAUUUGGGGAUCCCAAUAAGUCCACUAUGUGAUAAAUCAAAAGUUGUGCUAUCAAAAUCACAAGUUGGGUUUCUUAAUUUCUUGGUAAAACCUCUAUUUAAGCUUCUGGAAACUUAUAAGCGAUUAAUUAACGAUGCAUUUAAAUAAAUUUAUAAUCCGAAUAUUUUAAAUUAUUUUUAAAUUUUAAUAAAAGCUUUGUAGUAUAUGUUGUCAUGAUGAAUGAAGACGAAGAAACAAGCCUGAACAUCAAAACUUGCUGUAGAAAUAUUGAUAUCAAUAUAAAAUUUUGGGAGUCUGAAGCGCUUUUAAUUGAUUCUGGCCAAAAUCCGACUUAUGUUUUAGACGAAUCUCCUCCACUGCUUCUUUAG